UCAGCACACGCAGUGAUUAAGGUGUCUUUUAUCAUUGUUCUAAGAGCUGUGAUAAUUUCCUAAUAUCGUGACUGCUUACAUUUCUGCGCAGAGAGUGCCUUAACGUUUCAGCCAUAAACGAUUUUAUUGUUCGGCACUUUGUCGCGUGCAUUUGGUAGAAAUAUAAGAUUAGAAAGAUUGGACCAUGCUUCCAGCAAUGAGUAAUGGUGGUUUUGAUCCUACUAAGGGUGACAGUGAUACAGGAGAUGCAUUUGGAUGUGGCAGAAAUAGCACUGCUCCACUUGUGGGACCAUUGCAGACAGCACCGACGCUUCGUUAUGAUACAUAUUACAAUAUGAAUCAUUCAAAACGUGGCUUAGCAAUAAUUUUUAAUCAUGAAUUCUUUACUAUAAGUCACCUGAAGCAGCGAUGUGGCACAAAUGUUGACUGUGAGAAUCUAAUUAUGACUUUGAAAGAUCUUGGCUUUGAAGUAAGAGAUUUCCAUAAUUCGACACAUCGGGAUAUUAUAAAAAACUUGGAAAGAAUUGCGGAAAUGGAUCACUCUGAUCAUGACUGCUUGGUCGUUGCUGUACUGAGUCAUGGCGAACUUGGAUUACUAUAUGCUCAUGAUACACCUUACAAGAUAGAGGCUAUAUGGAGUCAUUUUACUGCUGAUAAAUGUCCUACUUUGGCUGGCAAGCCAAAAAUGUUUUUCAUUCAAGCUUGUCAAGGUGAUAAACUUGAUGGUGGAACAACACUUAAAGAUCGUACAGAGACUGAUGGUCAACCUACUACAACGUUUCGUAUACCUACACAUGCAGAUUUCUUAAUUGCAUAUUCCACAAUACCAGGUUACUAUUCUUGGAGAAAUACUACGCGUGGCUCAUGGUUCAUGCAGGCCUUAUGCAUGGAGUUACGUGAACAUGGAACAAGAUAUGAUAUUUUGACUUUGCUUACAUUUGUUUCUCAGCGAGUUGCCAUCGAUUUUGAAUCUAACACUCCUGAUAAUAUUGCCAUGCAUCAGCAAAAACAAAUUCCAUGUAUCACUUCGAUGCUCACACGCCUUCUACGAUUUACACCUCCUACCAAUGGACUAGUGUAGUUCAUGCAGAUGCAUCGAUGAUAUGACUACCAUUUUACCACCAUCAUGGUUCAGAAGUAGAGCUUAAAUUGCGAAAAGGUUCAAUACCAUGUGUUGAACACAUUCUACACGGGUCCUACAUAUUCUUAUUCUGUACAUUGAGUAUGUUAUAUUAUUUUUCUUUUUAAAGAAUGCAUUUAUUAUAUUUUUAAUAUAACAUCGAAGACGUUUGCCAUCCUUGGUGAAUGAUUAAUCGUAUGGCUAUCACUGCCAAAUUCAGAAAAACUUUUCGCAAGUUUUAGUAUUGAAGUCAAUCCUAAAAUUCAACCAACUGUUCCAACUUUACACUUUGUUGAAAAGUGUUGAUAUCAAUUUUUUUUGCCUGUUAAGUAUGCUGCAGAAUAUUUUUACCUUAGUCAAGUAAGUGCUCAAUGUGAAAGCUUUCAUUUGAAUUGUAGUACUAUUGCACUUGCAUUUCAGCACUAUUUUUUCAUCAAAUAAAAAUUAUAAGGGAGAACAAAACAUGUGAAGCAUACAACUGUGAUAAGUAGCAUUACAAUUUGACAUCUCUUCGUUUGAAAUUUCUGAUCAACCGAAAAGCACAUUUUUUAUUCUUCAUUUCAUUGUUAAAAGUACUGAUAUGCAAGAAUAAUAAAAAUACAGAGAUCUCCGUUUACGUUCUGUGGCCCAAAAGUACUACAUAAAUAUGUAUAUUUAAUGUUGGGGAGUUUCAUAAGUAAUGUGAUAAUCUUUAUGGGAGCACGAUCAGUCGCUCAUAUCUAUCGUAGCAUUUUUAUAUUCUUUUACUUUAAUUAAUUUGUUGGAAACGUCUUUUUUUAUAUUUCUCGCUUAUUUUUUAAAACAAUAAAUGCCUGUAGGUAUUAAGAAGUUUAAAAGUAAAAUCAUUUAAAACAUUUCGUUGAAUUUCUAUGUGGAAUAAUUAUCCCAUAUUAUUGUAUGAUAUAAAAAGUAUUAAGUCCCAGUGAUUUUUGUAGUGGUCGCUAUUGUCAAGUAAUGAUUUUUCUCAUUUUCACUCCAAAAUAAUUUGUCCUAUAACAUACUUUUUUACUUGUAGAGCAAUCCCUUGUAUUUAGCGAAGAUGCGAUGGUAGCAAUUAUUAAAUAAGUUAUGUAAAAUUUC